ACGGGGCAGCGCCACUCCUGGCAGGACGUGAAGCGCUAUUCCACAAGGAAAAAAAACACACCAGAAACGAUGACUUGUUGUGGCUUUAAGUGCCUAUUUGACUGGCACUGUUUGACGUUUUAAGGGUUAUUUGGAGGCAGCUUGCUUGGAGAAAUGACGUUUUUCUGUCACUUUGUGCUUUUUAGCAAUUUGCUGCAAUUCCAUUGAUGGCAAGCUAAGCUAACCUAGCUAGCGAAGCAUUAGCUUGUCCAUUUAGCCACCCCGGUCCCCCACCGGGGGCGCCUCGGUCUCUUGGGUGUGUUGUCAUAUUUAAUGGUUGUCAUUUUAGUCAGCGUGUGACACCGGGAGUUCGUCGACGUGUGAGUGCAGGUGGAUGGACUGGCUGCCGGCCGCUUGUUACCAGUACGCGGGCGGACAGUGUCGGCGUCGGGGCGGCUAAGCUUGUUGGGAGCUCGGCAGAGGCAGAGGCAGAGGCAGAGGCGGCCACCAGUGUCCCGCCGUGUCUCUGGGACACAACCUGCCAGUGUUUUAUAUAAAAAAAAAGAAGCUUUUUCUUUUUAGUUAAGCUUCGUCGCGGGAGAAUGGAUUAAAAGUCAUACUGGGAAUCUGAUUUUGACGCCCACCUCCACGUUAGCUUGUUAUAACAUUAGCUGCUUUUAGCGAACAAGCUAGCCACGAUCGCCCAAACUCAUUUUCGCAGUUUUUUGCAAGAGAAAUGGUGCAAGAGAACGUGGCUUUUUACGUUUCUCCAGUCGUCUCGCAGGCUUUGCAAACUGACAAUUUGCAUACGACUUAAGUCUUAGCUGUCAAAUAUUUGUCAGUUCAACGAGCAAAGUAGCGAACUCCAUUGGACCUGCAGGAAAACUUUAAGAGGAUUUCAUUGGCACCCGCUGUGAGCUUGACUACUACUACUAUUACUAGUAGUAGUAGUACUAGCAGUACUGCUAGUAGAAGUAGUAGUAGUGUGUCACUGUGUUUUGGUCUGAUGCGGUGAUGACUCUUGACUCCAUGAUGGCUUGUUGCCUGAGUGAGGAGGCGAAGGAAUCUAAAAGGAUCAACUCGGAGAUCGAGAAGCAGCUCCGGCGAGACAAAAGAGAUGCGAGAAGGGAGCUGAAGCUUCUUCUGCUGGGCACCGGCGAGAGUGGCAAGAGCACUUUUAUCAAGCAGAUGCGAAUAAUCCACGGCUCGGGUUACACGGAUGAGGACAAGAAGGGCUUCACAAAACUGGUCUACCAGAACAUCUUCACGUCCAUGCAGGCCAUGAUCCGUGCCACGGAGACCCUCAAGAUACCAUACAAGUUGGAACAGAACAAAAAUAAUGCGCAGCUGGUGCGUGAGGUGGAUGUGGAGAUGGUGUCGUCGUUCGAUCAGCCGUACAUCGGCGCCAUCAAGAUGCUGUGGGCUGACCCUGGCAUCCAGGAGGCCUACGACCGCAGGAGAGAGUACCAGCUCUCCGACUCCACCAAAUAUUACCUUAGCGAUAUAGAGCGAAUUACGGCACCGGGGUACGUGCCCACCCAGCAGGAUGUGCUACGGGUUCGUGUGCCCACCACCGGUAUCAUUGAGUACCCCUUUGACCUGGAGAAUAUAAUCUUCAGGAUGGUGGAUGUGGGAGGUCAGAGGUCUGAGAGGAGGAAGUGGAUCCAUUGCUUUGAGAACGUCACCUCCAUCAUGUUUCUGGUGGCGCUCAGCGAGUACGACCAGGUCCUGGUGGAGUCGGACAACGAGAACCGCAUGGAGGAGAGCAAAGCGCUGUUCCGGACCAUCAUCACAUAUCCGUGGUUUCAAAACUCCUCUGUCAUCCUCUUCCUCAACAAGAGGGACCUCCUGGAGGAGAAGAUCAUGUACUCCCAUCUGGUGGACUACUUCCCUGAGUUUGACGGUCCCCAGCGGGACCCCCUGGCGGGUCGGGAGUUCAUCUUGAAGAUGUUCGUGGACUUGAACCCGGACAGCGACAAGAUCAUCUACUCCCACUUCACGUGCGCCACCGACACGGAGAACAUCCGCUUCGUCUUUGCCGCCGUCAAAGACACCAUCCUGCAGCUCAACCUCAAGGAGUACAACCUGGUCUGAAGCCGCCACGAGGGAGCAGGGGGGUGCGAGGCCAUGACCCUGCAGCAGCACGCCCCUCCUUCACAUACACAGCACACUCGUAAGCUUUGCUCUUCACUCGCCCUUUGCCGCUUUAAACGGCUCUGUUGUCUGCUUGUAUCAGUGAAACACUCCGUCAGUGUGGGCGGGGCCACUCUUUCUUCUCAGCAGUGCUGGGGUGUUGCAGGGGGCUGCCGGGCCACCCCCACUUGAAGACUUUUACGCGUUAAAGGGCUCUCUCCCACCGCAGCCAGCCCCGCUAGAGGAAUACACUAUCUGCUGUACAGGCAGGUACUUGUGUACUUGAAUCAUUUGCUUUAUUGCCGUUCAAAGUACCCCCCUGAUACGCAGGAAUGUAAAUAGUUUGGCUUACACAGUGUGAGGGCUACACACACACACACACUUUUUUUCAUUCUCUCAUUCAACACACGCACACACACGCUGCUCCUAAUGCUUCAAUUGAAGUCAUUUAUGAACAAACACAGCAGCAACACAACCAAUGUUGCAAUAGCAGGCAGAUCAGGAGCAUUCAGACCACCUGACCAGUGGAACACGCCAGCCCAUGUUUUAAAGUGCAUGCAGAGGUACAUAAAGCUGCCGGAUGCCAAUAAUUAGGGGUGCACGGUAAUCAUCGGGCCGAUAUGAGGGAAUUAUGACGUCACGCCGACAAAUCCGAUAACCGAUCCUUUAAAAAAACAAAACGCUCCGAGGCAAGAUCACCCAUACUUUGAUGGUGAGCAAAUCAAAUGCUCCUUUUUUUCUCCUGCCUGUGACGUUAAAUGCUUGUCGUAACUUCCCCUGAGCUCACUUGUGAACAAACGGAGACCUCCGUGGCGGUGCACUGGCUGCUCGGAGCGUGUGCCCCAAUACAGUGCACCUUGCUGGGCCACAGCAGGUGGCUCCUCCCCCUCUAUACUCUGGUUUUCUGGUAGUAGUGAUGUGGUAGUAGCAAUGUCAUCAUAUUUGAUUAGGAAUCAAUCAAAUCCUAAUUAGUUCCGGUCCUUCUUACCUCCAGGUGUGCACAAACUACACUUACGUUAUCCGUUGUCGUAUCUGUCUGGAGAAGCACAAAGUUCUGUAUCGGCUUGAAGAAAGAAAUAUCGUGCAUCUGUACUUAUGAUACUUGUGGAGUUCAGGAAGCCAAGUCAGGAGGUUGCCUACAGCCACGGCUGUUAACCCCAGUGUUUAAUUAGAGACCCUGGCCGUUAUUUGCUUGUGUGCACCGCGCACCCGACGACUAUAACAGGCAAUGUAUUGAAUGGAGGGGUUAAUUGGAGCAUUGCAAGGGUGAGUCAUGUGUACCAUGCUUGGGUGGAAGGCUGAUAACCAACAUGUCUGACAUCCAAACCUUUGAUGACAUUAUUGAUUGUUCCCCUUCCAAGUACUACCACGACGCUCCUAUUUGAUCAAGGACUAGAGCGUACUGCACGUCCAUCCAGUAAUACGUGUUGGACACGUGGAAGACAUCCUCCUCCUUUGCUGCUGCAAGCAAGGAGCUUUUCUACUGCUGUAAAAAUAAAAAACAAAAACACACACACACAAAAACAGCUAUUUUCUGAAGAGGUCUUUUAUCUUUCUAAGCGUUCUUGUGAAACAAAACAUCAACUCCAUUUCAGCUUCAUGCUUAUGCAAAAUCAUCAUGUGGACAUGCCGACAUGGGAAACCUUUCUGGUCUUGACAGAAGUAAUUCAGGUAAGUUUAGUCAUCCAAGGGCUACUCAGUAGAACCAUGAGUGGAAGAAUACGCAUCUUGAUUUGGGGGGGGCAUCUAAACCACACAUGCCUAUGUGCCAUUCCUGGUGGCUUUUUGGCUUUUUUGCUUCACAUUUUGCCUUUUUUUUGUUUUACAAGACAAGCAUGGCAUUGCCAAGUGCGACACCGUCACAUGUUGGCCUGGGAUGAUGUUGGUGCACGGUACCACCAGGCCUGUCACCGUAACACAUUUACUGGACAAUGAUUGUCCCACAAAUGAUUGGCGAUAAGAAUGAGAGUACGCCGUAUCAAAAGCGAUAAACUUGAACGUCUCAAGAGUAUUUAACAUCGGAAUUGGAACAUCAAGAGCUUUUAAAUCAAAUAAAUUACGUAACAUAACAAAAUAAUCAAAAACACUCCAAUGAAAACAAAAUGAGCAAAAAUUGCACUGAACUCAUUCAAUCCAGACACUUUUCAAAAUUCAACCCCUUCUGUUUUAGACCAUUUGGACGGAUCUUUCAAGGCACACAGAAUAUUGUGUUGUAUGGCUAUAUAAACAUGGAACCUACCAAAACAAACAAUAGACUACCAUCUUUCAUCAGAAAAAAAAGUUAUCCGUUCUUUAGUCAUCAGCAGUAGAACGUAGGUAAGUUUCAGGGAAAUAUCAGUUCCCAACUAAAAAAGGGAGAAAAACAGCUUUUUGUGAAAAGAUACAUUUUAAGCAUAACUUUCACUUCAAAUCUAAACAACUAUACCAACAUAAACCACACGAAAAAGGAUUGUUUCACAUCAAAAUAAUCAAUUUACAAAUAUAACACAGUCAACUCUAUACUGUUUUCACAUUUGGAACUUAAGCGUGUGUGUGCACACUUUAAAAUGUCCCUACAAUGGGUAACCUUCUGCACGCUAUGCUCCUCCACGCUCUUCCACUUCCUUCCUGUCAUGUGAUUUUACAUGCAAAAGAUCCAUGCUGAGCACUUACCAAAUGCACUUCUGCCACCUUGUGCUGUUUUUGUAGCUUAAAAUUGCUCUAAAAGUGACAUCUAUCAGUGUGCACUUGGGUCAUCACCUCUUUUUGCCUCUGACGUAAACCCCCGCCUAUAAAGGACAUAAAUACGUCUUUGGGAUUGGGUGUUUGGGUUUAUAAAAACGUAGAAAUGCGGCUUUGGUGUCGCAUGAGUUCAAUAAAAAUCACAAUCAAUUACGAUAUUUGAAUGGGUGUCAUUUUCGCUAUUGUAUGAAUAUUGACCAAAAAAUGUAGAAAUAAGGUGGAAAUUCAGUGACGUUGACUGUGUGUCAAUGCGGACGUCUGCUGAGUGGCUUUUAGCAACAUUGUGUGUGGAAUACGCUCUUUACCUUCAAUGAGCUGGGAUGUUUUGUGGGAGUUUGGUCAAAGUACGUGUUCUGGACACAAUGAGGUGUUAUACUUGGGGGAUCACGGCAGCUGUAACGCAAGUUCCAGUGUUUUCUAUUAUUUACUUCCUUGUCUUUGUCACAAAAAGCUCUGGUAUUGACAUCAGAGGCACCAAUCAAGGAAUCCAUCGGGUAGCUCACCGCACACACAGCUAGACGGUAGCGCACGCGCUCGCACAUAGCGCCCCGCCUCUCCCCACUUGGACGAAGAGACUGAAUGACUCACUCCGUUCCUUCCGCUAUAGAACCAACGUGCCCAGGUGCAGAGACAGAUGCACAGAGUGAACCCUCUUGUCAUCCAGCCUGUUUGGUAGAGAGAGAGAGGAGGAAAACAAACACGCAUGCACAUGUCAAUAUAUUGAGGCCGACAAAAUGACCCACUUAGUUUUUAUUUAUGAAUUGAUUGUGGUGACAGGCCUAGGUCCAACGUUCCAACAUUUAAAGGGCCAGCGCGGCACCGUCAUCAUAACGUCCAUUGUCAUGUGAUUUCAUGCUAUCGUGCGGCUGGUCUUGUUGGAUUUGUUUCUCAUGGUAGAAGAAUAUGUCUCAUACAGUGGAGCCUCUGCCCAAUCACCAUCAGGGUUAUUACCACACAGGAUUUGUUUCCUCUCUUAAUAAUAAAAAAUCAGGAAGGGGGCACCACUGAAGGUGCAUUCAUGAUAGUGGCGUGUUUGCCAGUUGAAGCGUUGCCUCCACGCUGCAUGAAGAUUUGACAGUCGAGUGAUGUCAUUUCCUAGGGGAGGAUUAGAGAUGAGGGAGGUUCCACUGUAGAAAGACGAGGAGGAGCCAACGCUUUCCCUUUUCUUUAGUGAGUGAAGCCAAGUAUUGCUGGAGAGGACGUGACGGUACUGAAAGAAAGGAAUGAGAGCACUGACGUGACACUUUUUCAGUCUUCUACGUCUUUCCUACUUGGUUUGAUACACUUUAACUUGUAUAUUUUAUAUAUUUACCACCACUUAAGAUUUCAUUUUUUACAAUAAAGCUUGUCUAGUGGUGUACAAAUGGGAAGUCAUGUAUUUUCAUGUCUUUUUGUUUCCUUUUUUGAGGUAUACCAAAUGUAAAUUUUGUACAAUGAGUGUGCCAAUCCCCCCCCCGGCCACCCUUUUAUUUGUAAAGCAGACUUAAUAACAAUAAGUGCCAAUGUUGUGAAGAAUUAAAAAAAAAAAAAUCAGGGCCCGUGAAUUUCAUGGUCCACUUAAAAAAAAAGAAAAAAGCAACACUAAAUAUGUGAUGAUGAAUUAAGAAAUCUUUAUUUAAGUUGAUUGAUCUGCUGUUUUUAUAAUGUCACUUGAUUGCAUGUGUUUGUCAGGGAGGGGGCAGCGGUUGUAUUUGAGAUAUUGUAUUCAUGCAAAGCCCUCAUGGAAAGGCUUGUGCUUAUUGAUGAUUGAUUGAUUGAUUGCAGUAUUUUAGCCAUAUUUCUCUUUUGUAUGUUUCAUUUCAGCCACUGUUGCCUGAACCUCAUUCUGACAUGGAAACACUUUCAUAGCCUUCUCCUUUUCAAUGUUUGCAAUUGGAAUAAAAUAUCUUCCUAUACUCA